GCCAGACUCCAGCCUGCACUGCACUGGGACCUAAGCAUGGCACAUAGGGGGACAACAAGGAACGGAGUGGCAGACAAGAUCCCAGCUUCAGAUCUACCUCAGCCUGUCAAAAUCCAGCAAGUCAGAUACACCAAGAUUUUCAUCAACAAUGAGUGGCACAUGUCCGCUAGUGGGAGGACGUUCCCAACUCGGAACCCGGCAACUGGGGACACAAUCUGUGAGGUCCAAGAAGCAGACAAAGAGGAUGUCGACAAGGCAGUCGCAGCAGCCAAAGCAGCCAUGCAGCUGGACUCUGCUUGGCGGAAGAUGGAGCCCCCCCGCAGGGGGAGGUUGCUGCACAAACUGGCGGACCUGGUGGAGAGGGACCGGAAACUGCUGGCGGUAAAACACCAUCACAAAGACACAUAUGACA